AUGUCCGAUUACGAGGAUGAGAUGGACGUCGAUGUCCCAGCACCCAAGAGCGCGAUUCAAUUCAGCUCCGACAACGCCGGCAAGAGAGCUAAGAGACCAGCUGCAGAUUUGCCAGUUGAAGCUCAAGAUAAUCUACCAUGGGUAGAAAAAUACCGGCCAAAUACCCUGGACGACGUGUCCGGUCAUCAAGACAUCCUCGCUACCAUUAACAAAUUCAUCGAAGCAAAUCGGUUACCCCAUCUUCUGCUUUAUGGUCCUCCAGGUACCGGUAAAACAUCCACAAUCCUCGCGCUCGCAAGACGGAUCUAUGGCAGCAACAAUAUGCGGCAAAUGGUGCUGGAACUCAAUGCUAGUGACGACAGAGGCAUUGAUGUAGUGCGCGAGCAGAUUAAGACUUUUGCCAGCACGAAGCAAAUAUUUUCAAUGGCAGCCCCUUCGGCCUCCAGUGGCUCUUCACUGGCUUCGUUCAAGUUGAUUAUUCUUGACGAGGCCGAUGCGAUGACCUCGACCGCCCAGAUGGCUUUGCGACGGAUCAUGGAACGAUAUACCGCGAAUACGAGAUUCUGUAUCAUCGCCAACUAUACACACAAACUGUCACCGGCUCUCCUUUCACGGUGUACUCGCUUCCGCUUUAGUCCCCUAAAAGAGCAGGAUAUCCGGUCGCUGGUAGAUCAGGUGAUCGAAAAGGAGCAAAUCCAGAUCCAGCCAGAAGCUGUGAGUAGCUUAGUGAGGUUGAGCAAGGGUGACAUGCGUCGCGCAUUGAACGUGCUCCAAGCUUGCCAUGCGAGCAGCAAACCGCUGCCAAUGAAAAAUGCGAUGAAGGAUGAACCACAAUCCGAACCCGAGAUUAUCACGAACGAAACGAUUUACGACUGCAUUGCUGCACCACAUCCAUCCGACAUCCAGGAAAUCAUGACUACACUACUUUCAACCAGCGAUGUCACGUCCUGUCUUAAUACUCUCAACACACUAAAGGCCAACAAGGGUCUCGCCUUGGCCGACAUACUUUCAGCUCUGGCGGAACAGCUGCAACAGCUGGAAGUGCCACCUCAGACAAGAAUCACUUGGCUAGAAGGCCUUGCAGAUAUUGAAUUCAGGCUUUCGGCCGGUGGAUCAGAGACCAUGCAGACCGGUGGGAUGGUGGGCGUGAUACGAAACGGUUGCGAGUUGAUGGACGCAAAAGCUCGGUGA